CGCACCUGCAGCGCGCUCGGGCUGCCAAGCAGCCGCCUCGCCUCCCGCCGCCUGGCCUCCCUCUCCCCCAGCGCCGGGUCUCCCGUGACACCCGAGACCCCCGGCCGACGACAAUGACCACUUCCCUGCAAGAUGGGCAGAGCGCCGCGGGUAGGGCGGCUGCCCGGGACUCGCCGCUGACCGCCCAGGUGUGCGGCGCUGCCCAGGGGAGGGGCGACGCCCGCGACCUGGCGCCUGCCCCCUGGUUGCAAGCGCGGGCGCUCCUGCCCCCUCCGGACGGGACCCGCGGCUGUGCUGCAGACAGGAGAAAAAAGAAAGAUCUUGAUGUUCUGGAAAUGCCAUCUAUUCCAAACCCUUUUCCUGAGCUAUGCUGUUCUCCAUUUACAUCUGUGUUGUCAGCAGGCCUGUUUCCCAAAGCAAAUUCAAGGAAAAAACAGGUAAUUAAAGUAUACAGUGAAGAUGAAACCAGCAGGGCUGUAGAGGUACCCAGUGACAUAACUGCCCGAGAUGUUUGCCAGCUGUUGAUCCUGAAGAAUCAUUACAUUGAUGACCACAGCUGGACCCUUUUUGAGCAUCUGCCUCACAUAGGUCUAGAAAGAACAAUAGAAGACCACGAGCUGGUGAUGGAAGUGCUAUCUAACUGGGGAAUGGAAGAAGAAAAUAAACUAUACUUUAGAAAAAAUUAUGCCAAAUAUGAAUUCUUUAAAAACCCAAUGUAUUUUUUUCCAGAGCAUAUGGUGUCUUUUGCAACUGAAACCAAUGGUGAAAUAUCCCCCACACAGAUUUUGCAGAUGUUUCUGAGUUCAAGCACAUAUCCUGAAAUCCAUGGCUUCUUACAUGCAAAAGAACAGGGAAAGAAGUCCUGGAAAAAGAUUUACUUCCUUCUAAGAAGAUCUGGUUUAUAUUUUUCUACAAAAGGGACAUCAAAGGAACCACGGCAUUUGCAGUUUUUCAGCGAAUUUGGCAAUAGUGAUAUUUAUGUGUCACUGGCCGGCAAAAAAAAACACGGAGCACCGACUAACUAUGGAUUCUGCUUUAAGCCUAACAAAGCGGGAGGGCCCCGAGACCUGAAAAUGCUCUGUGCAGAAGAAGAGCAGAGUAGGACGUGCUGGGUGACCGCGAUUAGAUUGCUUAAGAUAAACAUUUGCAGAGUAGAGUGGAAUCGCCUAAUGCAUUUAUCUUUUGUGUGUGGAUAUGGCAUGCAGCUGUACCAGAAUUACAUGCAUCCAUAUCAAGGUAGAAGUGGCUGCAGUUCUCAGAGUAUAUCACCCAUGAGAAGUAUAUCAGAGAAUUCUCUAGUAGCAAUGGACUUCUCAGGCCAGAAAAGCAGAGUUAUAGAAAAUCCCACGGAAGCCCUUUCAGUCGCUGUUGAAGAAGGACUCGCUUGGAGGAAAAAAGGAUGCUUACGCCUGGCCACUCAUGGUAGCCCUACUGCCUCUUCCCAGAGCUCUGCCACAAACAUGGCCAUCCACCGGUCGCAGCCGUGGUUUCACCACAAAAUUUCUAGAGAUGAAGCACAGCGAUUGAUUAUUCAGCAAGGACUUGUGGAUGGAGUUUUCUUGGUGCGGGAUAGUCAGAGUAACCCCAAAACUUUCGUACUGUCAAUGAGUCAUGGACAAAAAAUAAAGCAUUUUCAAAUUAUACCAGUGGAAGACGAUGGUGAAUUGUUCCACACUCUGGAUGAUGGCCACACGAGAUUUACAGACCUAAUCCAGCUGGUGGAGUUCUAUCAACUCAAUAAGGGCGUUCUUCCUUGCAAGUUGAAACAUUAUUGUGCUAGGAUUGCUCUUUAGCCAAACCAGAAGUGACUUGUUAAACUGUUGAAGAAAAAGGACUCACGACACAAAAAAAUAAAAAUAAAAGAGAAAGAAAGAAAGAAAGAAAGAAAGAAAGAAAGAAAGAAAGAAAGAAAGAAAGAAAGAAAAGGCAAGGAAAGACCAUAAAUAAGGGAGAAAACAUUGCCAUGGUGAAAAGAAUCUAUUUCACCUACAAGUUACAAAAAAUAGCUGUGCAUUGCAGAUAAGUAAAGAUUUGAAUUGACAUUACAUUUAUCAUCUAAAAUUCAUUAGUUAAAAUUAAACCUCAGAAAAAAUGAUUUGGUGUGUUCUUGUGUGAUUUUACAUAACUAUAGUAUUUUCGUCAAAUAUGCAUAUUUUAAACAUCUUUCUGUCCUCAUUUAUUAGAGUAGCAUUUGAAUUCUUAAACACAAAGUAUGAAAAAACUGAGAGGGUUCAGAAUGAAUUAUUUGCAGACUGAAUUUCAAUUACACUACUUUUUUUUGUAACUUCAGAAGAAUGAUAAAAUCUUGAGCUAUCAAUUGAAAGAAACUACCCACAACUUGUUAAUAAAACUAAAAAGUAUUUUGAAUUAUA